CAACCUCCUGAAAAACUAACAGAUGAAAAAAAGAAGUUGAAUGGUCUACAAAGUUGUUAAGUGUAAUUUUUUUCAAAUGAUCUGUUUUUUCAAAUGAUUGACGAUAAUACAAGAUAUUUGAACAUUUAUGGAAACCAGCUAAAAGUUAAAUAUCACAGUGGAACUAUUUUUGAAGAAUAUGUGAUUGAUAGCCAACCAUUUCAUUUUGAGAGAUGGCUAUCUUGUACAGUUUGUUUUACAGCUAUAUUUCUGCAUCUUGGUCUGCACAAUCAUCAUACACACGUCCUGUCAAUUCUUUGCUUUAUAUUAGCUAUUUUAGCCUUGAUUAAACUACAUACUAAAGUGAAAAAAGAGUCAUUGCUCAUCAUGAAAACAGUUGGCUUGCAGAUUACUACAAUAUUUGCCUCAGGAAGAAAGUCAGCAAAAUUUGUUGCAUGGGAAAGAGUCCAGGGAGUUGUCAUCAAUGAAACCAUAACAAUGCAUCAGGUCUUGUUUUAUUUAGCAAUUUUACUUAAGUAUGGACAAGGAUGUGAAAAAACAGAAAUUCUCCCCAUAUUCCAACACACACUUCCUAGGCUAGACUGUCUGAGAAAAAUUUAUAAAAGUAUUCACCAAAUAGUAACCACUACAAAGUGCAAAGUGAUUGAUUGAUGUAUUAUAACGGGGCAAAAGCGCAAAGAAUUGUGCCGAAAUAAAUUUUUAAAAAUA